CCGCGUUAAGAGCCGAGGGCGGCCGGAGUCGGGCAUGGAGCAGGCGCGCGGGAGCAGCUGCCCCGCUCCGCGCUAACUUUGGGCGCCCGGUACCGAGCGCUGGGGGAGCGAGACUCGGCUCAAGCCGCCAUGCAGCCAGCGGCUGCCGCCCGCGGGGACUCCGGGCCCGGGCCGGGCGAGCCCAGCGCCUCCGCCGGGCAAGAGCAGCAGGAGCCGCCCCGGCUCCUGCAGGAGCUCGGCGCCUUCGUGGCGCGGGCGCUGUUCUGCCUCGCCCCGGUGUACCUGGCCGGCUCCCUGGGGCUCAGCACCAGCUGGGUGCUGGCGGGCUUGGUGCUGUGGCUGUGGUGGCGGCGGAACCGGCGCGGGAAGCGAUCCCGGCUCUCGGCGGCCUUCGGGCUGCUGGCCGAGGGGGAGAAGGAGGCGAUACACCAGGGCGUCGCUUUCCAGCACCUGCCUGCCUGGGUCCACUUCCCCGAUGUUGAACGGGUGGAAUGGCUGAACAAGGUCCUUGUGCAGGCCUGGCCGUACUUUGGGACAGUCCUGGAAAAAACACUUAAAGAAAAAAUUGAACCGAAGAUCAGAGCCAAGAAUGUGCACCUGAAAACAUGUACCUUCACCAAAAUCCACUUCGGAGAGAAGUGUCCUAAAAUCAAUGGAGUAAAGACUUAUACUAAGGAAAUUGAUAGUAGACAAGUGAUCCUGGACUUGCAAAUAAGUUAUGUAGGGGACUGCGAGAUUCACAUGGAAGUAUCAAAGUUUAAAGGAGGAGUGAAAGGAAUACAGUUACAUGGAACGUUACGGGUGAUACUGGAACCUCUUAUCACAGAUGUGCCUUUCUUUGGAGCCAUGACAAUGUUUUUUAUUCAAAAACCGCUCUUGGAAGUCAACUGGGCAGGCCUGACCAACCUCCUAGAUGCCCCAGGAAUUAGUUUAAUGUCAGACACGAUAAUCCAAGACCUGAUUGCUGCCCGGCUGGUGUUACCAAACAGAAUCACAAUUCCACUGAAAAAGAACAUGAAAAUUUCCCACCUGCGAUUCCCUAUCCCAUAUGGAGUAGUCAGAGUUCAUCUGCUAGAAGCUGAAAACCUUGUCCAGAAAGACCACUUCCGGGGGAAGUCUGACCCUUAUGCUAUUCUUCGAGUUGGCUUGGUGCAGUUCCGAAGCAAGACCAUUCAACGAAAUCUUAAUCCCAUCUGGAAUGAAACGUCUGAGUUUGUUGUUCAUGAAGUGCCUGGUCAGGACUUAGAAGUGGACUUGUAUGAUGAAGAUCCAGAUAAAGAUGACUUUCUGGGCAGCUUACUUAUAAGCCUUGCUGAUGUAAUGAAUGAUGGAAUUGUUGAUGAGUGGUUUCCCUUAAGUAAGACUGCAAGUGGACACUUGCAUUUAAAGCUGGAGUGGCUUUCAUUAGUAACUGACCAAGAAAAACUACAUGAGGAUAAGAAUGGUCUAGCCACAGCAUUGUUAAUAGUCUAUUUGGAUAGUGCUUGCAACCUUCCGAAAAAUCACUUUGAAUACUCAAAUGGUGAAUAUGGUGCAAAGAAGUUCAAAAACCAGAAAUACCUCAAGAAGAUGGACCAGGACCCUUCCUCCUUCGUCCAGCUCACAGUGGGUAACAAAAUUCAGAAAAGCAAGACCUGCAAGUUCAGUAAAGAUCCUGUGUGGGGCCAGGCUUUCACGUUCUUCGUCCACAGUGCUCAGUCCCAGUCGCUUCAUUUGGAGAUAAAAGAUAAAGAGCGGGAGAAUGCACUGGGAACCUUGGUUGUAUCUCUCUCCCACUUGCUAAAGGAUUCUGAGAUGACUCUUGAUCAGAAAUUUCAGCUGGAUCAUUCUGGUUUAGACAGUUUUAUUAAGAUGAAACUUGUGUUGCGGGUCUUGUGCAUCAAGGAACCUGAUCCACAAAGCACCUAUACUGGUGUUAAUGCCUUGAAGCAAGUUCCUGUCCCUGCAGCAGAGAAGGGUGGAAACCAAUGCAAAAAUCCCCUACCAUCAAAAGCAGAACCCGCCAAAAUGCCCCAUGUGAGCAAAGACUCUGGAGUGCCUGAAUCCAAAGAAGCUAAGGAGAGCAAUGCAGAUCUUACUGGAUCUGAGAACCCAGCAGGCCCUGAAGUAAAUGAGACUAUUGCUGAGCUUAAUGCACCUGCAGGGGCAGACAAUCUGGAACCCCAACCAUUGGUGACUCUACCCACAAGAACCCUGGACCACAAUGCUGCCCCCAGUGUUGCUUCAUUGGACACUCUCGCCUCUUCAUGCUUUGAAUUAGAUCACAGCAAUCUGAACCUUCUUAAUGGAACUAAUCUAACUGCAGUGCUCCUGGGAGAGAUCCAGCUCACUGUGCGAUAUGCCUCUUUGCGACAGAGUCUCAUUGUGAUGGUAAAUAGUUGCAGAAACUUGAUGCCAGCUUCUAAUCGUGGAGUAGAUCCAUAUGUUCGUGUCUACCUGCUUCCAGAUAAAAGAUGGGCAAGCAGAAAGAAGACUACUGUUAAGAAAAAAACACUGAACCCCCAUUAUGACGAGAAAUUUGAAUUUUUUGAAGCUUUGGAAGAAGUUAAGAAAAGAACACUAGACGUUGCAGUGAAAAAUAGCAGGCCGUUUAUUUCACGUGAGAGAACACAAUUAGGAAAAGUGCUGAUUGACCUGUCAAAGGAAGAUUUAAUCAAAGGCUUUUCACAAUGGUAUGAGCUGACAGCAAAGAGACGGAGCAGAAGAUGAUGUCCUGUAUCAUGUGCCUUUUAUACAAUAACUAUUUACUCUUUAUAUUGAUGUGUAUAUUCUGUAACUAAUCUAUUUUAAAACUUCAGAAUAUUGUACACAAAGCACAUUGAGGAAAUGUUUAUAGCUUACCUUUUUCAAUGACUGGCUAUCAUUUUAGAAAAGGUAAGAAUACAAGAAAUUUAAAUCUUCAGAUUUAGACUGGCUCUAAAUGUGUUGUUAGGCACUCAAGCAUUUGUUCUUGGAUUAGUCCUACAAGGCAUAUCUUCAAAGAAACUUUUUGGUUUCCAUAUUUGAUCAUUUAAAUAAGAAUAUCUUUAGUCCCAAGAGUACAGCAGGUCUGACUUUUUUUGUAUCUUGUGAACAGAAUGCAUUAAACUAUGGCAGGUGCAGAACAGACUUUCAAAACACUCCAUUACAAGAUAAUGGUUCAAAAAGAAGCUAUUACAAUCUGAGUCUAGAUACUAUUGUGAUACUAUAACUGUCCAGGAGCUUUUCAUAAAGAUGAUUAUAGGUGCUAUCAGGGUGAAUAACUGUGCCAAAUUAUCAACAGGGUUUUAAGCUGAUGUCUUAAUGUUAAAUUUUAUUACUGUACUUAACUUCAGUUUUAUAAAACUGAAGUUAUCUUUAUUAGCAAGGUUCACAAGUAGACUGUGCAUUAACAGGUUUUUAUUUAAACAUGGGUCAGGUAUGUACCAAAAUACUUACAGGAAUUCAGUAUAUUUUUAAAGUUUUGAAAUGUAUAAUAAAUUGUUUAAAAAUGA